GAAGCUUGUCCCAGAAGAAGAACAGUUACUCUUUACCUACAGAGUUGCCCACUAAGAGCAAGCGGUGUUUGCGACCAACUUGCUGGGCGCUUUUAUGUACACCGGUGGUCCAUUAAAUUUCCCGUAAUCGUUGAUAUGCAAUGGCAAUAGGGUACCAGAAACUACUGAGCCCCGCGCUCCCGAGCAGCUACAGCAGCUUAACCUACAUUGCCUGGCCAGCGUUACUACCGGUACCAUACAUCGACAGGAAGCAAGGCAUCAGUCGCAACAACGUCACCAACAGUAAUUUGCAGUGGCCCUGAUCGGGAGUCCAGCUAAUACGCCGGUGUCAGCGGCAACAGCUGUCAAUGCUAUGCCUCAAAACUUUACCAGUACGGUAACCGAGCCCUCGACAACCACAUCCCCCUCCACUUCCAGCUCUGAUUACGCCUCACACGCCAGCCCGCUGGUCGCCGCGGCAGCAGUGGGCGCGACUUUGCACAAGGAGCUCCAUCGGGCAGAAUGGAAUGGGCAGGUGAGCGCCGGCUCCUUCCACCUCUUCGUCAACGAGACUAGUGAGGUGCUGUCCCUGGGCUGGGGCGACGAGACGCGGGAGGUGCAGCCGCAUGCCGACAUCCCGCCUCAUGGCAACCUGUUUGUCGGCACCUAUAGCUUCCACACCUGGCGGGUGCGCAGCCGCACUCGGGGCCUGGUCGCCUCGUACUGCGGCCCCUCCGCCAUCGUCACCAUCACGCCGGAGGGCUUCCACGCCCACCUCAACAUGGGCACAGAGCACCACCUACACCACCCCCAGCUCCAGCACCUCGAGCACUCCCAGCAGACCCCCCAGCAGCCCCACCCGCCUGCCCCCGCGACGACCCUAGCUGUCCCCGGCGGCGGCCCCCGCGGCGGUGACGGCUCCACUGCGGCUGCCGUACCGCCAUCACCACCCACUGGGAGGGCAGCCGCAGGGGACAGCAGCGGGGCUGCUACUGCCGCCGCUGCUACUGUCGUCCCUGUGGGGCCCGGUGGCUACCGGCAGCGCUCCUCUGUGCUCGGGAUGCCCAUCUGGGUGAGCUUGAGCUGGGGAGAAGAAGGGGGACACUUCCGUUCGCUUUGCUGCGGAAGAGCAUGAAAGCUGCGAACUAAACAUGGCUAACUACUGCGCUGGAUGUGCCGCGGCGGCCAUACGGGGCAGCAAGCGGGGCUGGCUAGGGCGUUCGACUGCGUGUCCCCGGCCGCCGUGAGCCGGCUGGGUGCGGUGGUGGGGUCGGCGCUGGCGCACUGCCCCGCCCCCCUGCUGGGGCGCAUGCGGGGGGCGGGGGCGGCCUUCGCGGUGUUCGGGGCGGAGCAGGUGGUGUCGGACGUGCCCGCUCACCGCUUCAUGCGUCACAACACGGGUCGGGACCUGGACGCCUCCGCCCGGGGUCUGGGCGGCACCCCCGCCCUGCCGCUCACCAGCUGCGGGGAGGAGAACAUCACUAUGAGCGGGGACCGCUGGUACCCCUGCCAGUCCAUCCUUGUUCACGAGCUGGGCCACGCGGUGCUCAACCUGGGGCUGCGGGCGGAGCAGGUGGCGCAGGUGCUGGCGGCCUUCAGGCAGGCGCAGCAGGAGCGGCUGUACCCGGCGGACUGCUACAUGAUGACCAACGAGCAGGAGUACUGGGCCGUGGCUGUGGAGUCCUGGUUCGAGAGCACGGUGCGGGAGGACAUCAACGGCGGCAUCCGCACCCGCGCAGCUCUGCGUGCACACGACCCGCGGCUGGCGCGCUUGCUGGAGGAGGCGUUUGGAGACGGCAGCUGGCGCUACUGGCACGACUGCCCCAGACCGCUGGCCAUGCCGACCCAUGGGUCAGCAGCAGGAGCCACCGCCUCUGCAGAGCAAGCGACGGCUAGUAGCUCGCACCAGCUGGAUUCACAGCAUCAGCGGCGACCGCUGCUGCUGCUGCCGCCCUCACCCACUUGCCCUUCGCCCUCCUCGCCUUCCUCGCCGGCUGGUCAUGCCUCCGGUGCCCUCCUGGCUGCAUGCUGGGGUUGCUGCUUCCCGCGUGGGGGCGGGGCAUCAGCUGCCCUGUUUCCACCUGCAUUACCUAAUAUGGAGCUGCCACACACCUCGUGCGACAGCUGCUGUGGCAGCUGCGGCGGAGGAGGUGCGGUGUUUACGCGCAGAUCCGCUUUGCGUGCCGCGCUGUCUGGGAUGCGGGACGUGCUGUUCGGCUGCUGCCUGGCAGGACGCGGCAAGGGGCGGGUUGCGGGCUGUGGGCUGAUGCCGCGGGCGCCUCCGCCGUGGGCUGCGGAGGACGGUUGUGAGGGCUGCGGCUGCUGCAGGUGGGGUUGGCCGGGGCUGCGGGGAAGGAGAGGGCUCGGCUGCUGUGAG